AUGGACCGAUUCCCCCGCCUGCCGAAGUCUGACCAGCAUUCGGAUACCCCAGGCAAUGAGGCGUCGUCGUUCACUUAUGACUGGGUCGUACCUGGGUUUCCUCAGCCGCUUCCCGUUGAGUUUUCGGCCAAUACAGAGCUGAUCUCUCCCCGCGAAGACCUGCUGCAACCUGGACUAGUACCGGCCGAACUAGUCGAGCUUGCGAAAAUUGUCGCGAGCAGAAGGCUAAAUGCAGUGGUCAUCACCCCACCUGCAACCGCUGCGAGGAUUCUGGGAUCCGAUGUUCUUAUAGCGAUCGAAAAAAAGGAUAAGAUUAUGAAGGAAAUUGAUGAUUUAAAGACCCAAAUUCAGACUUAUGAAGCCAUUAUUCGUGAGGUGUACCCGAGGUUAGACUCGUUGUCAGCCCAAUAUGUUGAUCAGACCCUCGGAGAUCAAUUAGUCAGAUUAUCGAGCUCUUCGGUAUUCCGCUCCGAGCCUCCAGCUGGCAUCGGCCACCCAUCGGCCAUCAUCGAUCAUACUGAAGAGGAUUUCAAUCGCGAUGAAAACCAGGCAAUGGGAUAUGUGGGAGAACACUCAGAGAUGACAUGGCUUUAUAGACUCAAGCGCGACCUCGACCAGGAAACCUCAACACCCAUCAAAGAAACCCACAAUAAAUCUUCCAAGUCAUCCCUGAACUACUUUCAAGAAGAUAUGGAGCCUUUCCCCUUGGAGAUUGUCGACGAAUCGGAGACACCACCUCAACCCAUUGCUGACAAGCUCGUCGAAAUUUAUCUCCGGGUAGUUCAUGCUGCAUUCCCCAUCAUUGGGAAGGGAGUUUUUUUGAGUCAAUACAGGUCAUUUUACUCGAACCCGAACUCACGCCCUGGCAAGCGAUGGAAGGCGGUGCUGAACUUGGUAUUUGCUAUCGCAGCAAAACACUCAACUUUAGUCAAUAGUCCGCCACAGGAAGAUAUUGGUGACCACAUGGUGUAUUUUUCCCGGGCAUGGCGACUGAGCCUGGGUGACAUUGCUUUGCUGGACCAUCCGAACCUUCAACAGGUUCAAGUGGAGGGUCUGACAGCUUUUUAUCUCCUUGCCAAUGGGAAAGUCAACAGGUCAUGGCGAAUGAUUGGCAUCGCGAUUCGAUCAGCGGUGGCUAUGGGCUUGAACCUUCGUAGCGAGAGUUUUAAUAUUGCCCAUUUCUCGAAAGAGACUCGAUACCGUGUGUGGUGGGCGCUGUUCAUGUUGGACACAUUGGUGUGUGUGAUGGUCGGUCGCCCCCCUAGCUAUGGCAAUGAUUUCUGUACAACGCCGCGGCCCAUACCCUUUCGUGAGGAAGAUUUUGGAGACAAGGAGGUCAAACAACUUAUAACCGACUUUUCCAUGCGACAAAAUCUAUUGAGUUCGCUCCUCUCACAUGGCAAUUCACCUGGAGCAAGCGAAAGCCCUGUGGACAAUAUAAUGUCACCGAAUUUUGGAUCCGAGAAAGGGAAACAAAGUGCCCAGGCUAGCCCAACCAAGGCUGAUUCCCUCGCUCCCAAUAUCUCACUAUAUUUUUUAUAUGCGGUGGACCUUGCGUUUCUCAUGAGGGAGGCCAUUGAGACCCUCUACGCCCCUGGAGCGACGCGACGAUCGUGGGGGAGAUGGAAAAUGCAAUUUCAGUUCCAUUUCGCCCAACUUAAUUUAAAUCACCCUUUUGCUCGCCAACGUGCCAGUCUCGCAUUCCGCUUUUACACCACCAAAGUCGUCAUCUCACAACCUUGUCUCCGCCGUCUCGCCCACCAGCCUCCUGGGUCAACGUUUCCAGGUCCUGUAUGUGAUGCUAUGGCAAAUAUAUGUGUGGAAGCGGCUCGAAAAAUGCUCUCUACCCUCCCUGAAAGGACAGACGCAUCGUUGCUGUUUGAGAUCUCGCCGUGGUGGUGUGUCCUGCAUUACGUCAUGCAGUCAAUCACCAUCAUCCUGGUCGAACUUUUUAUGCGUACCGAGUCGGGCACAAUUGAAGCUGCGGCCCUUCUAGAUGACAUUCGAAAAGCGGUUCACUGGUUACGCGAAAUGGCUACGCGGGAUCCAUCUUCUCAGCGAGCCUGGUCUGUCUGUGUGGAUAUUCUCUCACAGCGCGGCCUCGACUUGCAUUUGGUAGUCAGUUGA